AUGCAGUGUGCCCCAGCGAUAUCAACCAUGUCCCUCGGGCGCGCCUGGGUGCACGACAUGCCGGGAAAGCUCCAACAAGCCGCCGAAGCCGGCUUCGAAGGAAUCGAACUGUUUUACGAAGACUUGGAAUACUUUGCAAAGUCGUAUGGAGUCAACAGAACACACGAGGAGAAUUUAAUAGACGCAGCAGCGGAGAUUCGUCGCUUAUGUGAUCUCUAUCGAUUGACUAUCAUCAACCUACAACCUUUCGGCUUUUAUGGCGGGCUUUUAGAUCGCGAAGAACACAAACGCAGAAUCCAAGAGAUUAAAUUCUGGUUUAGGCUGGUCAAGAUACUGAGAACAGACCUGAUCCAUAUACCCUCGAACUUUCUACCUAAGGAGGAAUUAUCAGACGACAUGGAGCUUCUUGUCCGCGACCUGACAGAACUUGCCGAUCUGGGUCUGCAGGAAAGACCCCCUGUGAGAUUUGCUUUCGAAAGCCUUUGUUGGGGAACCUAUGUUGAUACUUGGGAACAAUCAUGGGAAGUGGUCGAAAGAGUGAAUAGAAUCAAUUUCGGUUGUUGCCUCGACACCUUCAAUAUCGCCGGCCGGAUAUGGGCCGACCCAGCAAGCCCGUCGGGGAAAACUCCGGAUGCAGACACAGUCCUCAAGGCUUCCCUUAACCGAAUGCGCGCGACUGUUGAUAUUAAGAGAGUGUUCUUUAUCCAGUUAGUGGACGCUGAGCGCAUGGAGGCGCCAUUAGUUGAAGGACACCCGUGGCAUGUCGAAAGCCAGCCACCCAGAAUGUCUUGGAGCCGCAAUGCAAGGCUCUUUGCCUAUGAAGCCGACAGAGGCGGCUAUCUUCCCGUUGCUGACAUUGCGAGGACCAUCCUGAAAGACCUUGGAUAUAAAGGCUGGGUGUCCAUGGAGCUAUUCUCUAGAACAAUGGCCGAUCCCAACCCUUCCGUUCCCGCUGACCACGCAAAGAGAGGGAUCGCUUCGUGGGAAAAGCUGAGGGCGGAUAUUCUCGAUUCCGAUGGUCCUUCUCAUCAAAUCGCAGGACGUCUUUGA